AUGCAGUACAUCUACACGGUCAAGACUUUUCAAGAUCUCAAUCCUACUGUUCUCACUUGGCGUAGGAUUGCCCUUGUUGAAGAUACAAAGUCAGUGAUUGUGGGGGAUAAGUUUUUACUGGAUAUGGAAUCGGAAAACUAUGUUCCUGGUCUUGGAAACGAUAAGAGAGACUUGUUUGCAUUUAGCAACAACACUAACACUACUGGCAUUGUUAACUUGUUCAAGAUCCCCAAGAUUUUCAACCCAAGCAAUGCUUUCUUUAAGCAAAAGGAUCAAGUGUUCCAUGAGAUCAGCCAUGCCAAUGCAAAGGAACGGCUUGUGAAGGGAACUCGCUUCUUUCCAUUUGGAGAUUGUGUUAGAAAUGAAGCAUCAACUAAAGCCCAGUACACGAGGGCUUUCGCCGUCGGUGGAGGAGGAGGUGUAAGUUAUUCUUUUGCUAUCGCUAUUUAUCUGAAUGUUUACAGCACUCAAGGCGGCUUUGGAACCGGGGUAGAAUUAUCAGGAGGGAUAACGUGCGAUGUUCCACCUUACAACACGCUGCAAGUACAAAUGCGUCUUGACCGUGUGAGGAUUUCAGGUAUGAGGUCCAGACAAUUAAAGAUACAACUGGCGUGGAACUUUGGGAAAACAUUUGAAGCUUCUCCAUGGAAAGAAGAACCUGUUUUUGAAGAAGCAAGGCAGUCAAACUUUAUGAUAUCCUGUGUGACUGACCCUGAGCUCUUACAAUGCAGUUGGAGGUAG